AUGGCAGGUUUCACGCCGCUCUUGGGGGGAAAGGAUGGGUCGCCUACAAGUACCCUGGCAGAUGACCGCCGCCAGAAGGACCUUUGGUACCGCGCUGUAGAUAAGUACAACAGUACCCUUCUGAGAGGCGGGGCUCGACACAAGCGCUACAUCCACCAUUUGACAGACGCUGAUGGUGGCUCUGUAGGACGAAGUAUUAUCGAAGGUGCCAUCCUCGCCCGGGAUCAAUACUUGUCAUUAGCCCACCAUACGAAGAAGACCUUCCUCUGGCGAUGCGGCUGCUUAUGUCAAUUUAUGUACCGUCAUCAUCGAACCGUCGAUCUUUUCUCCCAGAUCAAGGUCAUCACAUUCGUCUGGGCCCCGGCCAGAGUUGCUUUGCAGGCCUUUGACGAAGCCCAAAGAGCUUCGCAAGAAGCCGUUGAUGGGAUCGUUCUGAUCGAGGGCCAUCUUAUCUCUUGGAUUGAAACCGCGGCUCACUCCUCCGGCGACGACAGAAUCUGCGACAUUGUUGUGGGUAUUCUUGCAUCCGCGAUCGACCUUGCUUUUCUGGCGAAGGAGCAUCUGUCAUUGCAGUCUGCCGGUAUGCCCCCCCGGCAUCCUUUCGCCAUGUCUGGACGGAUCAUCAUUCCGCCCCGGAAUCCUUAA